CUAUCGAUCGCAGCAGUUGUUCAUUCGUCGUUAGUUUGUCAGGCGAGGUUCAAGAGGUUCCGUCCAGAAUAAAAACAAAGUGAUGAAGCGGCUAGGAAUCUAGUGUUUUUCCGGUGUUUGAAUCCCGCAGGAAUCUCCUCGAAUUGGGACUGUUUAAACUUUCAAAAAGAUUAAGAGUGUGAUCAUAAACUAUAGCCGGGUGUGAGCAAAUAGUAUAAAAAGUGCACGGCCUUGAAAGAGAGUGGAAAAAGUUUGUAGACAGCAGAUUUGCUUCCAAGCCAUCAAACACGUCACAGAGUGUUCUUCAGAAAGAGCAAGGUCCACAUUCGUCGGCUGUUAGUUAUUACAUCAGAUUUCAAAAAGAUCGCUCCACGCCAGCGCGAUGUUCAGCCGAACAUCAUCAUCGGAGCGCCAAUGGGCGCAAACGUUCGCCACCAUUCAGGGUGCGCACGACCACGCGUAUCGCACCAUCGAGCGGGCCAUCAAGUUUGAGGAGCGCGAGCGGCCCGACUUGGCACUGCAGGACUACAAGAAUGGCAUCCAGGCGAUCGAUGAGGCGCUCGCGAUCCCGGUCGAAAUUCCGGACAACUUCCAGAAGGACGAAAGCUGGGACAAGGCGGUUCGGAUGAUCCACAAGAUGAAGUGCACUAGGGGGGAGGUGCUGCAGCGGAUUGGCCAGAUUGGGGGCAAGGUUGAUCGGGAGGAUGCUGAGGGGGCGAAGAAUGGCGAGAGUUGUGAGGGUGGAUUGCGCAUGAGGACUUAUACGGAGUUGGCGCACGCGUUGCAACAGAUGCAGGGCAAUGGCCAGCAGGAGGAAGGGGCGGACAGUUGUUUGGAGCUGUUGUUCUCGUGCGAUGGCGUUAAGAUGUACUACAUUGAGCCUGAUGGUGUGGUUAUGAAGACGCUGGAUGAUUCCACGUUGCGCAUUGUGAGGAUUGAGCGGGAUGACGUUCGGAAGCUGGAUAGCACGGUUUUCAUCCAGGUGAUUCCGACGGCGGCUUCUACUCGGAUUCAAGACGCUGAGCAGCCGCUGGACCGUGGCGUUGAAGCAAUGGAGGGAGUUGAAGUAGCGGAUACCGUUGAAGAGCACCGUGGAGUUGAUCCUUCUUUUAUCUAUCCGCUUAUUCCGGGCGUUUCGCCCUGCUAUCGUACCGAGUACGGUGCGUUCAUCAUUCCGGACUUGACCAGUGACAAUGGGACUACGAUCGGACUGGUGAUUCCUCCGGAUGCGGACGACGUGGUGUUGGAGAUUUUCGUUGCCUUUCUGCACGGAAUCGUCACACAGGGAGGCGCGGUCCAAUUUGGCGGCGAGCGGGAAAAGCGGAGUACCAGCGCAAGCGUGUCCGCGAAUAUCAUCCGAGGGGCGUUCUACGUCUCGAAGGGGCUGGUCAAAGGCGCUGAAAAAACGGGCGAAUUCAUCUCGUACAGCACUCCGUACGUAAUAUCCAAGAUUCGCAAGUCCCCGGAAGAAGCGCCAGCGCAGGUUCCAGGCAACGUCAAAACCGGCAUCGAAAUCGCAAAGUCCGUGUCCGGCACGGCGGUCAACGUGACGAGCUACAUCGCCGGCAAGGUCGGAACAGCUACGAUGGCUUUGGGACGAUUCUUGGCACCGCACAUCCAAAAGCACGGCUCCAACCUGCUCUCCUACAGCACCGGAAUGAGCGCGGAAGACGCCUCGGAGAAGGUUCACGGUGCGCUCACCAUCUGUGCCGGCGCCGUCGAAGGUUUCGGCGAGGUUUACGCCGGGCUGGAAAAGUCCGCCUCGAUAUUGGGCGUCAGCUUGAGCAACAGCACGGUGCAAAUCGUGCAGCACAAAUACGGCAGCGAGGCGGGCCAGGUCGUGGGCAGUUCGCUGGACACGGUCGGAAACGUGAUCAACGUGAGCCACAACAUGAACUACAUGACGCCGAAGGGAAUUGCGAAAAGGACGGCGAAAAAUGCCGGGAAGGCGCUGGUUGCCGGAUAUCGGCCUGCGGUACCUGAGGUGGACGAAGCUGCCGGGGAGGGAUGCUCGAAUGGAGCGUCGCAGCAGCAGCGGGUAGUUCCGGCGGCUGUUUUGUAUCCCGAUUUGUCCGGGCUGGCCAAAGAGUUGCAGAAAACUGAGUGAAGUCAGGUUGCUUUGAUCGGGGGAACAAUAAUAAAUUGUCUAGAAUCUCACAGAAAGUAAAUACGAAUGUCCUCAAAUAUGAUAUUUUUAGCUUGUGAAGAUGAUAAUAACACAAAACGAUAUUGAUCGUAAAUAACUGUAACAAAUAAAAAUAUCCUCAAAAUGUUAUUAGGUGAGAGAAGUAUUUAUUAUCCUUUUAUACAACUUCUAUAUCAAAUUUAUCCCAUCAAAUACGAAUAUUUCAAAGGAUUAAAUUAUGUAAGGAGUAAUAUCAUUCAAACGCGGUGUGAUGUGACUUAGUGAUAAAAAUAUACUGUUUGAUGUUA